GUUUGUCUCUUUGCUUGCCGUGGCUCGCUCCCUACUCUCUGCUCUGCUCGCGGACAUCGGUGAACGGGAUAUCGUUGGUGACCGUGACUCCUUGAUUUUGUCCUCUUGCUCCUCUCGUCUCUCUCGUUGUUGGGUUCCCUUCCUUCCUUUCCUUCCUGCCUUCCUUCCUUUCCUUCAUGGCUGAAACCCUAGCCCUGCGUCCCGAGCCGGCCGGGGAGGCCGACGCCGGCGCGAAGCUCGGCAAUGCCGGAGGGGCGAGGGCGGAGAUCGACACGUCGGCCCCGUUCGAGUCCGUCAAGGAGGCGGUGAGCCGGUUCGGCGGGAUCGGUUUCUGGAAGCCCUCUCAUCUUCUCAAGUGCCCUGAGUCUCAGAACGGGGAAGAGUUUGAUGUAGCGAAACUGGAAGAGCAGGCGGCACAGCUGGAGAAGGAUCUGAUUGUAAAGGAGCGGGAGACUUUGGAUGUCUUGAAGGAGUUGGAAUCGACAAAAAUAACUGUUGAAGAACUUAAAGCAAAGCUUCAGAAGGAAACAUCCGAAAUGAAUGCCGUACUUGAGGUGAGUGCAAACAACGGAACUGUUGAUCCUAUAGAACAUGAAGCUGAAAAGGAAAACCACUAUGAAGGCAGUUUACUGAAUAGACUGAGCGGCUCAGGUUCCUGUCCUUCAUCCCCAGGGUUAAUCCUAAUGGAACUGAAACAAGCUAAGUUGAACCUUACCAGGACCACUAAUGAUCUCAGCGAUAUCCGCAGCUCUGUUGAUUUGCUAAAUAAGAAACUAGAGAAGGAAAAGCUUUCCCUUGAGAAGACUCAGGUGAGAUUGACUCAGAACUCGUCGAAGAUAUCUUCACUUGAGGAAGAGCUAAACCAGACAAGACUAAAGCUGCAAUUAGCAAAAGAAGCAGAAACUAACUCACCUGAUGGCCCUUCUGCUCUUACAAGGGAGUUCCAUCGCUUGAGCUCUGAGGCGGAGCAGUUCAAGAUAGUGGCAGAAGCUGCGAAGCUCGAGGUUCAGAGAGCCAUAUCUGAGAUUGAGCAGACGAAAACUAAAAUUAGAACAGCUGAGAUGAGGUUGGUUGCAGCUCGGAAAAUGAGGGCAGCUGCUAAAGCAACAGAAGCUGUUGCUCUCGCAGAAAUUAAGGCUUUAUCAAGGAGUGAGAGCUCAACAGAUGUAGUGACUCUUACAUUUGAAGAAUACUCUUUUCUAACCUCCCAAGCUCGUGAAGCAGAAGAAAAAUCUAAGAAGAGAGUACUGGGCGCGACGCUCCAAGUCGAUGAAGCAAAUAUUUCUAAAACAGAGAUAUUAAACAGGGUAGAGGAGGCAACAGAGGAAGUUAAAAUAAGCAAGAAGGCUUUAGAAGAAGCUCUUUCUAGAGUGGAAGCUGCUAAUCGCGGAAAGCUUGCAGUUGAGGAGGCUCUUCGGAAAUGGAGGUCUGACCAUGGUCGCAGAAGACGUUCCCUGCAUAACUCGACCAAGUUUAAGACUUCUGGCCCCUCUCACCAGAGGAGAGAUUCCCGCCUUAUUGAAGCGGGUGAACUGAAUAUGGACAACAUUGAGGUGUCGGAACCAGUUCUAAAGCCGACGCUCUCCAUUGGACAAAUCCUGAGCAGGAAGCUACUUCUAGCUGAAGAGUUUGAAUCAGGGAAAAUGUCUGGGAAGGACACUGUGAAACAGAAGGUUUCGCUGGCUCAAAUGCUUAGCAAGCAAAAUGACAUGCCCAUUUCUCAAAAGCCUAGAGAGGAAUGUGGUCAUAAGCAGCAGUUCUCGGCCAAGAGGAAGAAAUUUGGCUUCACGCGGUUCUCGCUGCUGUUGGCAAAGCAGAAUAAGAAAAAGCCGAAGCCAUUUCUUAAUUAGACCAAUGGAUGUUGGGAAUUCAAUUAGUCAAUCGCUAACUGCAGUUUCUGUUCUAACUCCCGUUUUGGCUAGCGUUCUGGCUAUUCGGGCUUCUGUCCUCUUUUAUUUUAUCUUAGUUUGUUUGGCUAGGGCUGGUUUAUGCAAUUGGGUCCCCAGACUCCACGGUGGGGAUUGGUGAUGACUCCAGAUUUGUAAAUGAUCCGGUUUGCAUUUGCUUCUAUUUAAGAAAUCUAGUACCGAAUGAUGUUUGUGCUCA